UGAAGGUGAGUUCUCAUUAUUUUACACCCAAAUCAGGCGAGAAGAAGUGGUUAAAAACUUUCUCAAAUCAAAAAUUGUUUUACAAGCAACAGAAUGCUGGCGGGUCUUAAAUUAGUCUCAUUGUCGUGCAAGUAAAAUGAUUGUGCAUGAUUUAUUUGGAAAAUCACGAUGUGCCUCAAAAUCGCCUAGAGCAGUCACAAAAAUGAAAUUUAGAAUGCUUGUUCAUUUGACAACUUACUCAAAUUUUAUUCGAUCUGAUUGGGCGGUUUUCUGCUCAUAAGGCGACACAAAUGUCAUAUACAAGUUAUUCUUUUAUUAAUUUACGUAUGUAAUUAUACAUUUACAAAUUUAUCUGUAUAUUCGAAGAAGUUGCCUAGGAAUUUACAGAUCUUUCUGCGAGUAUACUAAUAUAUCGAUUUGGGACUUAAGGUGGAGGUUCCUAAUCCUUCAGUCACAUAGUGUACUCUUUUUCCAAUUCAUCCAUCCUACUUGAAUCCUGCGGUUAAUUUCCUUGUCCAGUUCCCCCGUGUCAGUAGCGUAGGAGCCGAGGUCUACAGCUCUAACCAAUCUCUGUUCUAGUAGGUUUAUGCUACCAAGACUGCCCUCUCCUCCAAAUCACAUCCUCGACUGCCAACUGCAAUCUUUUCAGAUUUUCCUCCACUUUCCCUUUGCUCUUAUGCAAUAAGAGCAUGGUCCAAGGGCCUGUUCUCGCACUUCCUCCAUCAGCACGUCAAUUAUUGUAUUAAAUAAACAUUGAUUCUCUGAUGCCUAUUCUUACAGGAAACAUGUAUCCUCAAUCACUUAAUCUUCUGUUCUUCCCUUUGUUUCUCUUUCUUUUUGACUUUUCAAUCGCAAUCCAAUAUCAUAGGUCGAUGGUAAUUCGUUUACAGUUCUUAGCCUCUGCCAGAUGGUUCCUUUUACAUAAUUGACUUUCUGAUCUACCACAUAGGCAACGUAUUCGUUAUUUCUCCCCUCUCCCUAAAGAAACUAUUAAUCACAGCCAUAUCCCAAACAACAGGAAAGUCUCUUCCCCUUUUGGAUUCCUCUGGCUCGUCAAACCCUAUCCAACGUGCACUCUAUCUACCCCCUCUCUGCUCUAAUCAUUCAGGCCAAUCAGGUCCGUUUCAAAGAAGCAUCCUUCUUCUGCUGGUAUCUCUCCCAUUUCCUGAUCUAAGGCUCUCAACGAAUGUUCUUUCAGUUCAUCGUUGCAGCCCACUUGAGGUGCAUAAUGUAACGGGUUAGUACUUGUAGAAAAUGAAUUUUAUUCUUUACGGCACUUAAUAAAAAUACUUGCACCCUCCCCCUCACUUUCUUAACGGAAGUACACGUUUUGAAGCAUCAGGAAUCUGAAUAAAACAAAAUCUUGAGUCUUGAGAAGAACAUACAUCAAACUGACUGAUACAGCCCAUAUAUAUUCUCACUAGGUAGAUGACAAUAACAUCCAGUCUCCAUUACAGGAGGGCUGGUACUAUCUUGGUGAUUUGUAUGCUGGGAACGAUUCCACUGCCCAGGAUACUCUCGCCUCUUCCACCACCUGAGAUGCUGUACUGGCUCUGCAAUUAGCUUUACCUGCCUCUGGGUCAAGGUUUGGUCACGGGAGGGGGAUGGUUUGGAGACACUGGGGAAGAAUGGUCGCGAAAGUCAAAGAGGCGCACACCAACUCCGCUUUUAUCUGUGACAGUGGUACCUACAUCCAGCGAAAUGACCAGAAGGAAAAGCACACCGUCGACUUAUCUGCCACGCUCAAGACAAACGAUGACUGCUACGACCCGUACCUCCAUAGGGAAGUGGCCCAUCCUACAACCAACUGGGAGACUCUUUUUCAUCUGCUCAAAGGUAGCCUAGGAACCGGAAUUUUGGCGAUGCCGAAGGCGUUCAGCAACGCCGGAUAUGCGCUCGCAACUGUCGGGACGAUUUUCAUCGGUUUUAUUUGCACUUACUGCAUCCAUCUCCUAAUUAAAUGCGAGUACGAGCUGUGCAAAAGAAGAAAAAUUCCCAGUCUGACCUAUCCGGGAACUGCCGAAGCGGCGUUCGCCGAAGGUCCCGGGCCCGCGAAGAAAUUCGCGCCGUACUCUGGGUACAUGGUGAACAUAUUUCUGCUGAUCUACCAAUUGGGUGCGUGUUGCGUGUAUAUCGUCUUCAUUGCCGUGAAUAUUCAGGCCGUUGCCAAUCACUACGUCGGUGAUAUCGCCGUGGAGCUAUACAUGGUGAUGUUCCUGAUUCCGUUGAUCUUGCUCAAUUGGAUUAGAAAUCUGAAGAGGUUGGCACCUCUAUCUACCUUCGCGAACUUUAUCACCGUUAUCAGUUUCGCCAUCACCUUGUACUACAUCUUCAAGACCGGUCCGACGUUUGAGGAACGCGAGCCCGUCAGCGUCAUCGAAAACAUUCCGUUGUUCUUCGGCACGGUUCUCUUCGCUCUUGAAGCGGUUGGAGUGAUCAUUCCGUUGGAAAAUGAGAUGAAGACGCCCCAAGCGUUUGGCGGCGUCUUCGGUGUGCUGAACAAGGGCAUGUCGCUCAUCGUCACAUUGUACACGGUCAUUGGACUUCUAGGUUAUUUGACCUACGGCCCGAUAACGGAAGGUUCGAUUACCCUAAACUUGCCCAAGGAAGAUAUUUUGGCGCAGGUGGCCAAAGCAGGGUUGGCUUUGGCGAUAUUCAUCACGUACACAAUUCAGUACUAUGUUGCCAUUGAUAUCACAUGGAAUCAGUACUUGGGACCGAAAUUGGAGAACCACCCCAAGGCAAAGAUCUUUGAGUACACCACCAGGACGGUUCUGGUAUUAAUGACGUUUAUACUUGCCGCUGCCGUUCCAGCUUUAGAUCUGUUCAUAUCGCUAUUCGGCGCACUUUGCCUGUCAGCGGUCGGAAUCGCCAUCCCAGCAGCUAUCGAAAGUUGCACGUACUGGUACCAUCGACAAGGAUGGAGCUUUUACCUGAUGAACGUUAAGAACUUGGCGCUUAUUCUGUUCGGUGUUUGUGGAUUAAUCGCGGGGACCUACACAAGUCUACGCGAUAUUAUUCACAAGUUCUCAUAGCCAAAGGGCAGACGGGGUUCGACACUCACGGAUUGUGUAAAGUACCUGAUUUGUAUUUACAGUUAGUGAAUUUUAGCUUUAAGUAUUUAUUUUUCUAAUAAAAUGAUUUUGUCUUGCUCA